CGGCCCGGGUCUUGCGGCGGCCGGCGGCUGUGGCGGGGACACCGGGGAUGGAGCAGCAGGGGCUGGGCCUGGGCCUCGGCCUCGGCCUGGGCCUGGGGCUGGGGCUGGAGCAGCGGCAGGAGGCCCCGGGGGCCGAGCCCCCUCCGCCCGGCGGCCCGGCCGCCCGUUAUUCGCUCUUCCUGGACGAGGCGCCCGAUUUCCGAGGCCCGGCCGCCGACCCCGAGAUCUUCGUCGUCUUCAACCUGGAGCCCGAGGCGGAGGCCGCGGCCACGGCCGCGCACCCGGGCCCGGCGUCGGGGCAGGGGCAGGAGCGGCGCCAGGCCUCGCCCGGCGGGCCCCGCCUGGAGCCGGACGCGGCGGCCGACGCCGUCUACUACCUGAGCUCGGUGCCGGCGGCGGCGGCGGCCGGGCCCGACAGGCCUCGGGCUCGGGUAGGCCCCGCCGGCCGUCCGCCGGCCGGGGAGGGCGCCGAGGCCGAGCCGCCGCCGGUUCCUCCGCCGCCGCCCCCCGGCCCCGGCCUCCUGCUGGACGCUCCCCCCGUCCUGGGCAACAUCGAGAACCUGCCCGGGCCCUCGGCCUCGGCCUCGCCCGGCGGCCUGGCCGCCACCCUCGGCCUCAGCAGCCGCGACCUGCUGCUGCGCCUGGAGGACGGGCUGCUGCUCCUGGCCGCCCCCGAGGCGGCAGCCGGCGGCCCGGCCAAGCCGGAGGAAGAGCCCGCGGCCCCGGCCCUGUCCUUGCCCGGGGGCCCGGCUCCUCCCCCUGCCGCCGACCAGCAGGCCCAGACCCAGGCCUCGGCCUCGCCCGACGGCCUGGAGCCGGGCGCCGGGCCGGGGCUGCUGCUGAGCGACGGCGGCGACGUGCUGCUGAAGCUGCCGGAGGGCCCGGGCCCGGGUCCGGGCCUCCACCACUGCCCCGAGCAGAACUGCCGCCAGGCCUUCGACAAGAAGCAGCGGCUGCGGCUGCACCUGCUGUCGCACAGCCCGCGGCCCUUCCGCUGCACGGUGGCCGGCUGCGAGUGGGCCUUCACCACGGCCUACAAGCUGAAGCGCCACCUGCACUCGCACGGCAAGCUGCGGCCCUUCGGCUGCCAGGCCGAGCGCUGCGGCAAGCGCUUCACCACCGUCUACAACCUCCGCGCCCACAUGAAGGCCCACGUCCAGGAGCUGGCCUUCGCCUGCGACGUCUGCUCGCAGCCCUUCGCCACCGCCCUCAAGCUCAGCAGCCACCGGCGGGCACACUUCGAACCCCAGCGGCCCUUCAAGUGCGACUUCCCCGGUUGUGAGAAGACGUUCAUUACCAUCAGUGCACUCGGCUCCCACAACCGCUCGCACUUCCGGGAUCAGGAGCACUUCACCUGUUCUUUCCCAGGCUGUGACAAGCGCUACGACAAAGCCUGCCGCCUGAAGAUUCACCUCAGGAGCCACACAGGUGAGAGGCCCUUUAUCUGCGACUUCGAUGGCUGUGGCUGGUCAUUCACCUGCAUGUCCAAAUUACUCCGGCACAAAAGGACCCAUGAAGAUGACCGGAGGUUUGUCUGCCCUGUGGACGGCUGUGGGAAAUCCUUCACCAGGGCAGAGCACCUGAAAGGGCACAGCAUCACCCAUCUCGGCACGAGGCCCUUUGUUUGUCCAGUCGAAGGUUGUGAAGCCCGGUUCUCGGCCCGCAGCAGUCUGUACAUCCACUCCAAGAAGCACCUGGAAGAUGCGGACAAGGUGAAAACCCGCUGCCCCCUUUCCAACUGCAGCAAGCUCUUCAACUCCAAGAACAGCAUCAAGGCUCACAUGAUGAAGCAGCACAACAUCAGCCCUGAUCUGUUUUCGCAGUUGGAGUUGACCGGCUCCCUGACCCCGAGCAGUGAGCUGACCAGUCCAAGCCAGAGUGACCUCAGCAAUGUGGACAUCGCCUCACUCUUCACCGCCGUGCCCGUCACUCCGGUCAGCAUCUCCCCCGACAUGUCGCUGGUCAGCUCAGGAAUCCUGACGAUUGACGCCGCCUCUGUGGGAUCCACCCUGGGUGGCAACGUCUCCGUCAACAACAACGCCAUGGCGCAGGGCACUGACCCCCUCAUUGUGGCCACGCCAGACAUAUCACAUACCAUGGACACCACCCUGGGGCUCUCUGCCAGCCUCCUGCAGCAAAGCACUUUGAAUCUGGAGGGCGUGCAGGCCGUCAACGCGGAGGCACUGGGAGCCCUGUCGAUGCGGGGCACGGGCGGCUGCCAGGAGCUGCAGGGGUUGUCAUCGAGUGGAGCCCUGAGCCCCUCCAAUAGCCUGGGGAGCAACCACGUCCCUGAGCUGCUGACCCCAACUAAAGUGGAGUGCCACAUGCUGAGUGUGUCUGAUGUGAUGAGUCAGCAGGAGGGGAACAAGGUGGUCACCCAAUACGUCUUCUCCAACUUAAACACCCCGACCAGCACCUUCAGUGCGCAGAAGGAGCUGGAGCUGAACAUGGUGUCAGGGUGCUCCUUUCUGGAGAGCGGGGGAUCAGCGAGGACUGACUACCGGGCCAUUCAGCUUGCUAAGAAGAGGAAACAGAAAGGAGUGGGGGGCACCUCAGAGAGUUCCAGCUGUGCCAACCAAAGAAAGAAAUCCAGCAGAGGACAGGCCACGACAUCAGCUGCUGUGGGCCAGACCACCCGGUUUGGGAACAUCAUGAUGCCUCCCAGUGCCCUGAGCAUCCGUGACCCGACCACAGGGGCUCACUAUGUCCAGCCCCAGUUGCUGCAGGACGAUCCGACUGGAGACGGGGAUUUGGCCUUCCAACUCACUGCACAGACUUCAACCUCUCACACACAGCUGACCGUCGACCUUCCUGUCAACAUCCUGCAGGAGCCUAACCCAUCAGCUGAAGAUGACAGCUCCAGCAAUUCCCAGUUUACAGGGAGCACAAUAAACCUCCAGGACUUGGAGUAGCAAAGCUGGAGAGACCUGCAGCGGAUUCAGUGCCUGCUGAUCAAACAUGCACUUUUUCUGGGAUGGGAUCUGGCACGGGAGCCAGUGGUUCGAACUGUGGAUCUGGAACUGGCAGUGUGGCCCUGGAGUCGGGAAUCAAUAAGUCAGGUGCAGAGGGUUUGACUGAAAAGUGUGAAUGCUCGUGAGAUAACAGGCCUCGAUUCUGCCCCACGAUCUGAGCAGGAGAGCCGAACUGUGAACCGAGGACUUUGGGUCCCUGCACUGGGGACAGGAAUAACUGCUGCUGCUACCGGAGAGCCAAAAGACUGCAGUUGGAUCGGUGACUCCAGGGUGACACCUCUAGGGAAGUGGCAGCAGUGUGAAGCUUCAUACGAGGGCCGUGCAAUCUGUUGCUCUGAGAGAGCGUGCCCGAGAGCUGCAAAUCAUUGCUGCCUUUCACCUACAUUUGGCUUCUCACCUUUUCCCAAACACGACCAAGUUUUAAACAAUUAUACCUGCGUGACUCAAAGUAUCUCUGGUUGGGCACUGAGCAUCAGACUUUAGACGUAUCCUUUACAUCUGCCUUAAAGGAGGUUGUCCAAGGGGAACUGAGAGUGGAUGUCAUAUUACAGCAAGUCUUUCUGGACUGAGUCUGAUUUCUGCUGUCAGAUCUGUGAAUGAUUUAAUCGUCCGCAGAUUACAAAAUCCUCAGAAGUGGAUCUAUUCAGUCCUUCUGAGUCUGUUCUAGAAAAGGAGUGAGCAAGAGGUUUUGAACAACUGUAGGUCUGUUUCCUUCGAUCUCUGGAGACCAGGAAUGCAUCCCUGUGUGGCCUCUGUGUGAUACAGCACGGCUGGCCACUUGGGGUGAGGAGCACGAUUUGGAAUCAUCAAUGUCGUUUCUCCUUGGGGGUGAUGGCUCAGUCACUGCAAACCUUUAAGUUUAAAUAUGUAUAUUUUUAAAAUUUUAUAUUGUAUAGUAAUGUCUAUUUAUUUAUUUUGUACAUUUCUAAGGAAUAUUUGUUGACUGGGGAGGAUUUUGAGUGGACAGUGAAGGGUGAAUGUGCACGUUGACUAACCUCCAAAUUACAGAUGGUGGGGAGCGUGUGCGUUGUAUGUUCACUGAACAUUAAAUCUCAGCAAGAACAGAAAUUGCCUCUGACAACUUUUAAUUUUUGCACCUAAACUGUUGGGUUGAGGGGAGCAGGGAGGUACACGUGGCUUUUAUCGAUGUCUGAUUCCUGCACUGACAAUUCACGUGCUGAAACCUUUUUAACAGUCUGGUUACCACUUACAAUUUUGAAAUUUCAAUUUGUUUCCUCUGUUAAGGGUUAAAGCAUUAUGACCCAAGCUCCUGUUCGGCAGCAGAUUUGUAUUUUUAAAAAAAUGGAAUUUUAGCAUGUGUCUCCAAUUAUUAACAUGUAAAAUUUAAGAAUUUGAAUUCAAUUUUCAUCUCAAAAACUUCAACGUGAAAAGUUGGUUCCAGUAAGUGAUGAAACUUUCAAACUCUUGAGAUACUCAGCAGGUCAGGCAGCAUCCAUGGAGAUAGGAGAACUGGGAAAAUGACAAACAAGUGUGUUUUAAGCAGUGAGGAACAGGAGGAGAGAACAUUGGGAGUGCCUGAGAUUGUGGAGACCCGAUUGUCCAGGUGACGUGUGCUUUUGAUCGUUGGAUGGCCCCAGUUGGAUGCCAACCACUGUCGGAUGGAACCUGCAAGGGUAGUGUCGCCUGGACAAUGUCUGCACCCCAUCACUGAUGUUUCCUCUUCUCUCCACUCCUCCCCCCCCUCUGUAACUUAACACACACCUUGGUUUCUCACUGUAUCACUUCUAUUGAAAGAUCAUCAACUAGAAACAUUAACGGUCUCUCUCCCCACAGAUGCUGCCUGACCUGAGUAUCUCCAGCAUUUACUGUUUUUUUCAGAUUUCCAGGAUCUGCAGGUUUGCCUCGGUCUGUACUGCGGCCGCAAAACCACAAGUUUCACGUCAUA